GCUGAAAGCCUCAUCAGUUCCUCCCGCACAAAAUUUGAAUGAGAAGAGCACAGGUAUUGUAUAUAUCUAUUAUCUAAUCGAUCUAAUAUAAUCCAUUAUCUAAUACAGCACCUUCACCUGUUUUAUUGUAGGGCAAGGCGUGAGCAAAAGUGUCGCUAGUGGAGGGUGGGAACUUUGAAGGAAGCGAAGACUGCAGAGCGAAGCAGGAAACUUAAAAAAAAAAAAAAAAAAAGGCCAAAUGAGACGCCAGUGUUCGUCUUGCACGAGGAGCUCGGGAGACCCCGUCUUCACUCCCCCCACUGGUUUUCUGGAGGCCGAACGUCACACAGGUGUAUGCCCUUUCCUGCCUGGAGAUGGUCGCGACCCUGUGAGUUCCCCGACUUUGACGGACUAACUUGAUCUUCACUCGAACAUCAAAAACGCACACGUGCGCAGCGCAUCAAUGGCCAUCUGUCACGCCCCAGUGCUGAAGGUAACUCGCUCUUCAUGUUUGAAUUUCUAGGCACGGAGCUGGGACGACAGGGACACGUGUGUCCGUAUUGAGGAUCUGCGGUGUGGGAGAACUGUUUUUCACCGCUUUACCAAUCCAAUGCCCGCUGUUAACAUGAAUCUGUCGUUCACCGCAGCCAACCUAACCGCUUUGCAGGAGCCCGCGGUGAACAUCAGCCAGCAGCUGUGUUACCUGAGCAAAUCAUUAACCUCAACUUUCCUGCCUAAUGUGUAUGUGAUCGUUUUUUGCAUCGGAUUAAUUGGAAACUGUCUGGGACUGAGGAGUCUGUUCCGUAAUUGGAAGAGACUGGGUAACCUCAGCAUAUUUGUCCUCAAUUUGGGGGUGGCGGAUUUGCUGUACGUCUUCACCCUGCCUUUCCUGGUGCACUACUAUGCCACGCACCGACACUGGCCCUUCGGACCGAGCUUCUGUAAAAUAACGCGCUUCUGCUUUAAUUUGAACUUGUACGGGAGCAUCGGCUUUCUCACCUGCAUCAGCGUGUACCGUUAUUUGGGGAUUGUCCACCCCAUGGAGGUAAUGGGACGUAUCCGGAGUCACCACUCGCUCUGUAUUUGCGCACUGGUUUGGAUUUUGGUCAUAGCUGUAAUUUCUCCUGAUUUGUAUUUUGAUAAAACAUUACCGGGUUUAAGCAAUGGCAGUUGCUAUGACACCACCACUAACGAUUAUAUCUCCGCAUAUCUGUACUACAGCCUUGUCUGGACCACCCUGGGCUUCUGCGUACCGCUGGUCAUUAUUUUGAUGUGCUACGGACACAUCGCCAUUGUGCUCUCUAGAAAUAAAAACGUGGAGCCGUCGCUGAAGCAGAAAUGCCUGAGACUUGUCGUGAUCCUCGUCAUCCUGUUUGUGGUUUGUUUCAUUCCCUACCACGUCCUGAGGAACUGGAAUUUAAAAAACAGGAUUCUGCAGUUGAAGGGACAAUGCGAGCCGGCAUUCGACAGGAUCUACAGCGCCUAUCAAGUGAGCCGGGGAUUGGCGUCAAUGAACAGCGCCUUCAACCCCCUGGUCUAUCUGAUAACCAACGACGACUUCCAGACUCGAGUCAGCGAGUUUAGCCAGCGGGCGCGGCGAUCUGUGGCGCUCUUGAAGGAACGCAAAGGGCCCGAGGGACUGUCGGACUCGAACGAGGUGAAGACUCUGGACGUGUGCGGGCAGUGAGGGGGGAUCGGGGUGUGAAUUGAGCCAAGACGACACCCCGCCCUCUUUUCUUAUUCAAAAUGGUCCGCGUCCCGCAAAUUAGCGAACAUUUGACUGCGCUGAGUGCGAGAGACGAUGUGGGGACUUAUGGUAUUUACAUAGCACUUGGUCAAGGCUGUGAAGUUUCAAAGUACAACUAAACAGGGCAUCAUUAUGGUAACGUUUAUUUGAAACUCUCUGUGCUUUACUGCGAUUUACUCCUGUGUAUACAGCGCAUGAGGUGGAAAAAGUGCUAAAAACUCUAUUCAAGUAGACGUAUGCAAACAUUUACCUAAGUGAAAGUAAGUAACAUGGAAAAAUCUCAAGUAAAAGUCACUCAGGCAUUUUCCAACCCGCUAUAUCCUAACACAGGGUCACGGGGGUCUGCUGGAGCCAAUCCCAGCCAACACGGGGCACAAGGCAGGAACCAAUCCCGGGCAGAGUGCCAACCCACCGCAGGACACAGACAGGUCAAACUAAACUGAGCAUAUUGAAAACUCAUGCAUAAGAUUAGGGGUCUGGGCUUCAAGAUUUAAUCGGUGUUUUUUUUUUUUUAAUUCUGUGUGAAAGUAGAAUCUUAGUGGAUUUUAAUUUUUAUAAAUCUAAAAAGAAUUUUGAAAAGUUUAGACAUAUGGUGUGUGAAUGAUAUGUCAUAUGAAUGUGUUGAUGAGGAGAUACACUUUGUGUUGUGAUUUUUAUUCUCUCCCUUAGUUGAUCGGAGUAUUAUAAGAGUAGAUAUCAUUCUGUCUGGAAGUGUUUUUUAACAAUGGUUUAAUGAAAAGAUUAUUUUCUCGCAUUUCUGCCAUAUAGUUUUUCCUAAUGUGUGAUGCUUUUGUUUAGUUAAGCGCCAGCUCACCACAGGGCACACAUACACACACACACACACCCGGGACAAAUUAGGAUCGCCAAUGCACCUAACUUGCAUGUCUUUGGACUGUGGGAGGAAACCCGAGCAGACGCGGGAGAACAUGCAAACUCCACACAGGGAGGACCCGGGAAGCGAACCCAGGUCUCCUUGCUGCGAGGCAGCAGCGCUACCACUGUGCCACCCUCAAGUAAAAGUAAUAAAGUAAAAAAAAAUUCAAGUUAAAACAUAAUUUAAGUUACUUUGAGAAAAGGAAAAAAAACUAACCUAAAUUAAUAA